UUAUACGACAGUGGCGGUGUACAAAACCUAUUGUUAUUCAUUAUGUUUUAUUAAUAUGACUUGUCAAUGGUCAUAUAAAAAUGUAAGAUAAUUGUUUGUCUACUAAAGAACUGGUGACCUGCCUCCACUUUCAGUUAACGUAGUUUUCUAUACAGUGCCGGGAAACAGCACUAAGGAUAUGCAUAUGCACAUCGUCACAUUAAUUAGUUUGGAUAUGAAACAGCGCUUGUGAACAGAAAUACAUCUAGACAUCGAGAGAAAGCAACAUAGGCUAAACAAUGAGACGCAAAGGAUUUCUGGUUGCAAUGGUGAUUGUGUGUGUGGUUGACAGACUCGAAGCGGACCAUCCAAAGGACAAACUUGCAAAAGAACCAACAAAGCCUAGAGUUGGUUGUACAAAACUCCUCUUCGAAGGAAAAGGCGAUUUUCGUCUUCAAAAGAAAAUCUAUCCUGCACAGAACGUAAAGCAUUACAUUGAGUCUCUUAGACUUCUAAAGAGGACGUCGUUUUAUAAAUGUGAACCUCGGAUUGAGAAGUAUGGUAUCUCAGAAGAUGGUCAUUCCUGGUGGGUUGACAAAGGUUGUGAAGCUAUUUUUGAAGUGACGGAAUGUCCAAACAAUGGCAAAAUGCCCCCACCUGACACAUGGCGAACAAUGUACGAGGAGUUACGCAAGCGACUAAAAGAAGCCACACAGAAUGUUGAUUUAACAAACUUCAAUCUGAAUAGCGUUUUUAACAGGUUUGAGUAUCAACCCGAACCGACUGUCCAGAGGAACUAAAAUUUGUAACGAUUUCAGUAACAAUUUGAAGGAUAAAUGUGUUUUAUAGAGAUGAUUUAUUAAGUAAAAAUAAAAUGAUUUAUAUUGGAGGUAACACUUGAAGGAAAUCAAGUUUCGUAAUCAAAAUACUUGUAUUAUAACAGUAACUUGGAAAGUUAUGCACUUCAGGAGUAUACAUAACUCACAUAACAGACGUAACAUGUAUCCGAUUUCUUUCAUUUGCUAAACACAGUGUUGCUAUAUAAUACCUAACUGCUAUAAACUCUUGAUGGAUGCACAUAAUGCCGAAGAAAACAGUAUUUUAAAGUAUAUAUUGCUCUAAAUAUAGUGAACAUUUAUUUUAUCUGAUAUUUUCUUGUUGAAUUUUUGUAUAAAUGUGUUAUUUUUAUAUGACAGAUUUUGUAAUUUUAUACAAUCUGCAAUAAAUGGUGUAGUUAAAUGUGAAAACAUGA